AUAUCUUUUACCAUUUGUCGCAAUGAAAACGAGGACAAUACUAAUUUUCCUAUGAUGCCUAUAAAGGCAUUUCAUACUAUAUAUAAUCUUGUGUGCGCUGGAACAACAUUAAAUAUCGGAAUGGGUACUAGGUUUGCGCCUGGGUUUUUGAGCUCUCAGGAUAUGAAUACCCUGAUUUACGUAAGACAGCAAGCACUGCCAGGAGUUCACUUAUCUAAAGAUACUUUGCAUGCUGUUCUAGUCACCGAUGAGGAGUACGAGGUAUGCAAGAACUAUGGAAUACUUCGCUUGCUGGGCAAGAGGGGUUAUAAGGAGAAGUGUUUCCCGUUCCCACCCUGGAAUGAAAGAAUCUGUAAAAGUGUUGUGACAAUGGCUGAUUUUAAAACGAGUAUAAUAAACCAUAUUCUUUCCACAAGCAUUACAGGCGCAAGUGUGACGAAAUUAACAGGGGAUCAAGCGAAAGAAUGCAUCAUGUUGCAGAUUUCUCCUAGCUCUCAUGAAAUGACAAAAAAAUUUAUAGAACAAGUAGGAACAGAAAAGCCGAUUGCAAUUUUCACUGGACUUGAUGAUAAUGCAGAUUCUUGCCUAAUUUGGCAAUCUGGUUUAAAGCAACCAACAGCAAUCAGUUUAAAUGACAUUUCAAGACGGUUGGCCGGUUGUUUCAUUUUAUUUUGUCCAGCACAAGACAAGAAUCAAUUAAUAAUGAUCGAAGAUGGAUUUAGUUUAAUAUUGACAAACGAGACAUACUAUCAGUUGUGUGAAGCACUUUGUUCUUGUAAAACAUUUUCUGCAUCAAUCGAUGAUAAUACACAAUUUAAGUUGGUAUGGAAGGCCAUGAGUGAUGAACUAAAACCUCUUAAAAAGGCGUCAAGGAAUAAUGAUAUCGUGAAAAUGGAUAAAAUGGUUCUUUUGACUGGUCAUGAAAUGACACAACGAAUUACAAUUAAUUCGCUUGCUAAUUACGUAGAUGAGUUAGAUAUGGUGGUUGUAAAGCACUUCUCCUCAAUGGAGAAGGGUGACAAUCUAAAUUUACAUGUGGUUGUUUUGGUAAACGAAGACAAAUCUGUUAACAUACAAUUCCAGAAAAAUCCACAAGAUUAUGAAAAAGCAUCCCUCGACAAACUUCAAGAGAAUUUGAAACUAGUGAAUCAACCAGAAGUUUAUGGUGGACCCAUAAGUUUUCGACUCGAUUAUCAUGUGUGGGAGUAG